UUUCUUUUUGAGAUUGGGAGAAAGGAGAAUGUGGGAGACACCCAAAACAUAAGAAGCUUAAAUACAGUUGACAUAACAUCUUUUAAGUACCCCACAAUGGGGUCACCUUUUAAAAAUUCACUCUUCUUUUUAGCUAUAUUUAUACCUCCCUAACUCUAAGCACCUAAACAUCCAUCACAACUCAACUCAAUUCCAUCCCAUUUCUCUCUUUACAUCAACUAAUUAUCCCUAAUAUUACUUCAUAUAUUCCUUUUUUUUUCCAUUUGUUUCUCUCCAAUGGCAGAUACUAGUGGUUCAGCCACUUCUAAGAGAAUAAUGGGGUUUGCCAUGCCUGAAAAAAUGCAACUUCACUUGGCCAUGUUGGCCUUGCAAUUUGGUUAUGCUGGUUUCCAUGUUGUCUCUAGAGCUGCCCUUAAUAUGGGCAUUAGCAAGAUUGUUUUCCCAGUUUAUAGGAACAUUCUUGCUUUUCUUCUACUUGUUCCCUUUGCCUACUUUCUCGAAAAGAAAGACAGGCCACCACUUACUUGGAAUUUUAUCAUUCAGUUCUUCCUCCUAGCAGUUGUUGGAAUUACUGCUAACCAAGGAUUCUACUUGUUGGGGUUGGACAAUACUUCCCCUACUUUUGCUUCUGCCAUACAAAAUUCUGUCCCUGCCAUUACAUUUCUCAUGGCUGCACUACUCAGGAUUGAAACAGUGAGACUAAACAGGAAAGAUGGCAUAGCAAAAGUGUGUGGAACAUUAUUGUGUGUGGCUGGAGCAUCAGUGAUUACAUUAUACAAAGGUCCAACAAUUUACAGCCCAAAUCCACCCCUACAAAGGACUUCACCUAUGUUACUUGCAUUAGGUGAUGCCAAUGGUAAAAACUGGACCUUAGGUUGCAUUUACUUGAUUGGACAUUGCUUGUCAUGGGCCGGGUGGCUCGUGUUACAAGCCCCGAUCCUCAAGAAGUACCCGGCCAGGCUAUCGGUCACAUCCUACCAGUGUUUCUUUGGGAUCAUACAGUUCCUUAUUAUAGCUGCAUUUUGUGAGAGAGAUCCUCAGGCUUGGCUUGUUCACUCUGGUGCUGAACUGUUCAGUGUUUUCUAUGCUGGAAUUGUGGCAUCAGGGAUAGCAUUCGCUGUACAGAUAUGGUGCAUUGACAGAGGGGGUCCAGUUUUUGUUGCUGUUUAUCAACCUGUUCAGACUCUUGUUGUUGCUCUUAUGGCUUCCGUCGCGUUGGGCGAGCAAUUCUAUCUGGGCGGGAUCAUCGGAGCGGUGUUGAUCAUAGCAGGAUUGUACUUCGUGCUAUGGGGGAAAAAUGAAGAAUCCAAAUUUGCAAAGGUUGCUGCUGUUGCAAUUCAAUCCCCAGUUGAUCAUAACAGGCCAACAAGCCACAUCAAGUCCUCUUUGGCCCAGCCACUACUUGCUUCUUCAACUGAUCAAAAUGCUUGAGAAAAAAAAUUAAAGUUUGCUGGAAAUCAGAAGGAAAAAAAAUUAUCUGCUAUCCUUCAUAUUUAUAAAGAAGAAGAAAAAAAAAAGCUUUGGUGUGUCUAUGUUGUUGCUUUUUAGUGUAGGUUUUGUUCCCCUUUUUUUUUCAGUAGCAAUCAAAGGGAUGUGAUGAUUACUAUUUUUGAAGUUGGGUCUAAGCAUGCAAAUUGAAUCCCAAGUUGGAUUUUGUAUGUUUAAUUAGUCUUAUGUUCUAAUCUAUGAAUGAAAAAAACGACGAAAAGAGUAUGAUUUUGCUUUUUAUCAUUGCAAA